CUAACAUCUGUCCUUUGACGUUUCAGCGGAAAUUGCAUUUGCUUUAACUGCACUUUUUCCCCUCUUUCUUUAAUGGGUUUCAUGUUUUACGACUUCUUGAUGUUCGCUUUGCUUCCACGCUGCAGAGUUGCUCACCAAGAAGUUCCUGGGGGAAGAAGUGAGAGUUUAUAGAAACUUUUUCGGGGAGGAUCUUCGUCGUCGUCGAUCUGUGUAAUGGCUGGGGAGAAAGAUGAGGAGGAGCAGAUUGAGGGAGAGAUUCCGCCUUCUUCAGAUCAUACUGCUGGGGAAGCAGGAGGAGGUGAUGGUCAUGAAGCAGGGCAGGGGAAGAAACCAACAGCUUCUGCUGCUGAGAACUCCGCUGCCAAAUCGGUUCCAUUCACGAAGCUCUUCUCGUUCGCGGAUUCUACUGAUGUAUUUCUGAUGGUUUUGGGGACGAUUGGUGCGAUUGGGAAUGGUAUGGCCAUGCCUCUCAUGACUGUGAUUAUGGGGCAAACCAUCAACUCGUUUGGACAGAACCAGGGCAGCAAAGAUGUUGUCCACGCCAUUUCCAAGGUGUCGCUGAAGUAUGUGUACUUGGGAAUCGGAGCUGGGGUGGCCGCAUUUCUUGAGGUGACUUGCUGGAUGGUAACGGGAGAAAGGCAGGCAGCAAGAAUAAGAGGCCUGUAUCUGCAGACGAUUCUGAGGCAGGACAUUGCUUUCUUCGACAGCGAAACGAGCACCGGAGAGGUCGUCGGCAGGAUGUCAGGCGACACUGUCCUGAUUCAAGACGCGAUGGGCGAAAAGGUUGGCAAGUUUCUGCAGCUGACAGCAACAUUCAUAGGCGGAUUCGCCAUAGCAUUUAUCAAAGGGUGGAUGCUCUCCUUGGUCAUGCUGUCCGCCAUUCCACUUCUGGUACUGGCCGGCGCCAUGAUGGCCACGAUCAUGUCCAAGAUGACUGCUAGUGGGCAGCAGGCGUAUGCAGAGGCCGGGACUCUAGUCGAGCAAACGAUUGGCUCCAUUCGAACUGUUGCAUCAUUUACCGGGGAGAAGCAAGCGAUCCGCAAUUACGACAAGUUUCUGGCAGUUGCAUACAAAGCAGGGGUGAAAGAAGGCCUCACCUCUGGGGUAGGCAUCGGCGUAAUGAUGGUGAUUGUGUUCUGUAGCUACGCCUUGGCCAUAUGGUACGGCGGGAGGCUGAUACUGGAGAAGGGAUACUCCGGCGGACAAGUUUUGAACGUCAUCGUCGCAGUUUUAACCGCAUCCAUGUCACUGGGACAGGCAGCUCCCCCGAUGGGUGCGUUCGCGGCGGGGAAAUCUGCGGCGUACAAGAUGUUCGAGACGAUCGACAGGCGUCCAACGAUAGACGCCUCGGAUCCCAACGGAAGGACGCUGGACGAAAUCCGGGGCGACAUUGAGCUGAAGGACGUGCAUUUCUGCUACCCGGCUAGACCAGAGGAGCAAAUCUUCAGCGGGUUUUCGCUCUUCAUCUCCAGUGGGAAGACUGCUGCAUUGGUUGGGCACAGCGGGAGCGGGAAGUCGACCGUGAUCAGCCUGAUCGAGAGGUUCUACGAUCCGCAAUCGGGAGAAGUAAUGAUCGAUGGAAUCAACUUGAAAGACUUCCAGCUGAAGUGGAUUAGACAGCAGAUUGGGCUGGUGAGCCAGGAGCCGGUUUUGUUUUCGUCGAGCAUUAGGGAGAAUAUAGCAUAUGGGAAGGAUGGUGCCACUGAUGAAGAAAUUAGGGCCGCAACCGAACUUGCAAAUGCUGCCAGAUUCAUUGACAAGCUUCCUCAGGGUGUGGACACGAUGGUUGGCGAGCAUGGGACACAGCUUUCGGGCGGGCAGAAACAGAGGAUCGCCAUAGCCAGGGCAAUCCUAAAGAACCCUCGAAUUUUGCUGUUGGAUGAAGCAACGAGCGCCCUAGAUGCGGAAUCAGAGAGGGUUGUGCAAGAAGCACUGGAGAGGAUCAUGGUGGAAAGAACAACUGUGAUCGUCGCUCAUCGAUUGACCACCGUAAGAGAUGCUGAUGUGAUUGCUGUCAUUCACCAUGGAAAGAUCGUUGAGAAAGGUUCUCAUGCAAAACUACUAGAGGAUCCAGAGGGAGCAUACUCGCAACUAAUUCGCUUGCAAGAAAUGAACAAAGAAACAGAGCAGCCAGAAUCAGAACAUCAAGAUCCGGAUAGGAUCGAACUCGCUUCGGAAUCAUUCCGACAAUCAAGCCUGAAAAGGUCAUCGAUAAUGAGAUCAACAAGUAAAGGUUCAUCGAGAAACAGCAGUCGCAGGUCGUUCUCAGUCUCGUUUGGUGUCCCCGCGGGCCUCGAUAUUGUCCCCCUAGACCAUCAAAACAUGGAGGAAUUGGAAGACUUCCCAAGAAAGGCAAACACCCCAGACGUCCCAAUCUCCCGCUUGGCUUACCUGAACAAGCCGGAGCUCCCGGUUCUCGUGGCUGGUACAAUUGCAGCAUGUGUCAAUGGCGCCAUCAUGCCCCUCUACGGGGUCCUGAUAUCCAAAGCAAUCAUGUCCUUCUUCGAAACUCCUAGCGAACUAAAGAAGGAUACCAAGUUUUGGUCACUCAUGUUCAUGACUCUUGGGUUGGCAACAUUAAUCGUGCAUCCAUUGAGGUCGUAUCUUUUCUCGAUCGCUGGGUCGAAAUUGAUCCAGAGGAUAAGGUCGACGUGCUUCGAGAAGGUGGUUCGCAAUGAGAUCGGUUGGUUCGACGAGCCCGAGCAUUCGAGUGGGGCUAUUGGUGCUCGACUCUCAGCGGAUGCUGCCAUCGUACGGUCUCUAGUUGGGGAUGCUCUGGCUCAGACUGUCCAAAAUGUGGCCACAGGGGUUGCUGCUUUGAUCAUUGCUUUCACCGCGAGUUGGCAACUCGCCUUCAUUAUCCUUGCGUUGAUCCCCCUCACGCUCAUCAAUGGCUUCGCCCAAGCGAAAUUCAUGAAGGGAUUCAGUUCCGAUGCGAAGGCAAUGUAUGAGGAAGCUAGCCAAGUGGCGAAUGAUGCGGUUGGGAGCAUAAGAACUGUUGCCUCCUUCUGUGCCGAAGAUAAGGUGAUGGGACUGUAUAAGAAGAAAUGCGAUGGACCAGUGAAAACUGGGGUAAAGCAGGGGCUCAUAAGUGGAGUUGGCCUAGGAAUGUCUUCCUUAUUUCUCUACUCUUUCUAUGCAAUCAGUUUCUACGCCGGAGCUAAACUAGUUGCUGGUGGUGACGCAACGUUCCCAGAUGUUUUCCAGGUGUUCUUUGCUCUGACCAUGGCAUCAAUAGGAGUAUCUCAUUCAGGCAGUGGUGCUGAUACCUCCAAGGCCAAAGCAGCAGCUGCUUCAGUGUUCUCAAUCAUAGAUAGGAAGUCUCAAAUUGACCCAAGUGAUGAGUCAGGAACUGUACUAGAGAAUGUGAAAGGAGAGAUUGAACUUGUUCGUGUCAGCUUCAAGUACCCAUCUAGGCCAGAUGUCCAGAUCUUCAGAGACAUCAAUUUAGCCAUCCAGUCUGGAAAGACUGUUGCACUGGUGGGUGAAAGUGGAAGCGGAAAAUCGACGGUGAUUGCAUUGUUGCAGAGGUUUUACAAUCCAGAUUCGGGCGAGAUCACGUUGGAUGGCAUCGAAAUCAGGAAGCUUAACUUGAAAUGGCUAAGAAAGCAAAUGGGGUUGGUUGGCCAAGAACCUUCACUAUUCAAUGACACGAUUCGAGCAAACAUUGCAUACGGCAAGGAAGGAAAUGCAAGCGAGGCAGAUGUCAUAGCCGCAUCAGAGCUUGCCAAUGCCCACAGUUUCAUUAGUGGAUUGCACCAAGGCUACGAUACGAUUGUCGGGGAGCGUGGAAUCCAACUAUCGGGUGGGCAAAAGCAGAGGGUUGCCAUAGCUCGAGCUAUUGUGAAAGAACCAAAGAUUCUGUUACUAGAUGAAGCGACCAGUGCACUAGAUGCGGAGUCUGAGAGAGUAGUACAAGACGCGCUAGAUCGCGUAAUGGUGAAUCGAACCACCAUUGUGGUGGCUCAUCGUCUGUCUACGAUUAAGAAUGCAGAUUUGAUUGCAGUGGUGAAAAAUGGAGUGAUUGUGGAAAAGGGCCGCCGUCCUCUGCACCAAGGCCGGCGGCUACCAGCUGAAGACUCACAGUGGCGGCCACGACUACGAAGACCUCUACUACGUCUCCGAAUCCCCUUUCUUCAUCUUCGACGUGUUCAAUCUCCGCUCCAUCGAAAUCGACGCUGCCACCAAAUCCGGCUAGGUCUAGGCCGGCGUACCCUCGGCGAGCUCUACUACCAAAUCUGGCAGAAGAGCAACGUCCUUGGGUUCCCCGCCGAGAUCUGCCCCACGGUCGGAGUCGGCGAGCACUUGAGUGGCGCCGGAUACGGGAACCUCCUGAGGAAGUACGGCCUCUCAACUGACAACGUCGUCGACACCCAAAUCAUGGAUGUGAAUGGAAAACUUCUCGACAGGGAUUCUAUGGGGGAGGAGAUGUUCUGGGCGAUUUGCGAUGGCGGCGAAGCUAGUUUCGGCGUUAUCAUCGCGUACAAGAUUGUGCUCGUACCCGACCCCGAAACGGUUACCAUUUUCAGGGUAGAGAAGUAUUUGGAGCAAAACGUGAUUGAAUUGGCUUAUCAAUGGAAACUUGUGGCUUCGAAGAAGACGAAGGAUGUGUUCAUGAGGAUGCUCCUGCAGCCGGUGAGUUCAAAGACGAAGAAAGGUGAGACCACGGUCAGAGCGUCGGUUUUGGUAGAGUAUUUGGGGAAUGCCGACAGUCUUGUAGCAUUGCUGGACGAACCCGGCAGCAUUGUCGAGCAGCUGAGCAGGCAUCAGGAAUCGGUCAACUUCGGGAAGAGGAAGUCGUACUAUGUUCAGACCCCGAUCUCGAAAGCUAGUUUGGAGUGGAUUUGGAAGAAGAUGAUCGAGUCGGGGGAAAUAGGGUUCGUGUUCAACCCGUACGGUGGAGCGAUGGACGAGGUGUCGGUGACCGAGACGUCGUUUCCUCAUCGUUUCGGGAAUCUUUACAAGAUUCAGUACUCGAUUUCGUGGAAGGUGGUCGGGGUUGAGGCAGAGAAGAAUUAUAUGGGCCAGAUUCGGAGGAUCUACUGCUAA